AUGGUUGACCAUAUCUCCCCCCGGGCAUCGCCCGGACCGAUCCGUUCCUCCCAAACUCGCCGCGCCCGAAAGCUCCGGGAUAGCUGUACGAGUUGUGCCAGUUCUAAAGUGCGAUGUACCAAGGAGAAACCGGCCUGUGCUCGGUGUAUCGAACGUGGGCUUGCCUGUCAAUACAUGGUCUCCAAGCGGAUGGGCCGCAAUCCGCGCGCUCCCAGUCCCCUUGAGCCAACUCAGCGACCAUCAGAGAGUCUUCCUUCAGCCGGAUCGGAACAGGGACAUUCGACUCAUAAUACGUAUUCUACUCCCCAUGCUCAUACCCAAGCCGACACUCAUUCUCAUUCUCAUUCUCAUCCGCAACCGCAUCCACAACCUCAGCCUCAAUCGGAUCAACCACCAAACGCUCUGCCCACCCCCAAUGGCAGCAGUAGUGUCUCCGCCAUUGUUUCUCAUCAGAGUCCCCGGCUCCCCUCGGAGACCCAGGGCCUUGGAGGAGAUUCGUCUGGUCAGGAUCAAGGUACCCUGUCUUCCCUAGCGGUUGGUUCGGACUUUGGAGACUCUCUGCAGUCAAUCGAUCACGGAAACCAUCCCGAUUUCUUGGCUGAGCCGACGGGGAGUCUUUUCGACGCGUUUUUGGAAGUGGGGACCCCCAUGAUCGACCCAUUCCUCGAGUCGGCCCCAUUACCGUUGUGUCAGGCACGUUCUUGCUGCUUUUCGCUAGCACUCCAAACAUUGACCCACCUCUUCCCUCAUGCCCCGCUGGGCUGUCAGCUACGGCUGACGGACAGCGAGGACAGCUCGUGUAACCUAACGACGAUCGACAUGGUCAUCUCGGGCAAUAAGCAGGCUACCGAUGCGGUCCGGAAGAUCCUCGGGUGCUCGUGCGCGCAGGAUGGCUACUUGCUGAGCAUAAUUGUCCUGAUCGUUCUUAAAGUGCUGGGGUGGUAUGCUGCCGCAGCAGGCACCCAGUGCCCCUCGUCGGCGGUGGGUGGAAAUACCAGCAGCGGUAGCAGCAGCAGCUGUGGCAACAGUCCCGCCACCGUGUCCAGUAACCGUCUGUCGGAAGAGCGUGUACUGCAUCUACCUAGUAUGGUGGGUGAGCAUUGUGUGGAAGAGGAAGACCAGCCGCGAGUCGCGGCCCAGCUCGUUCUGAGCGAACUGCACCGAGUCCAGUCGUUGGUGAACCUAUUGGCCAAGCGCCUGCAAGAAGGCGGAGACGAUGCAGCAGCGAUAGCGUCGCACCAUCCAGCGUCCCCUUUCGCACUACUCGGAUUUAGUGGACUCGAGGCAAAUCUCCGCCACCGCUUGCGUGUCGUGUCCGCCGACAUCAUUGAUUUCCUGCAUCGAGAAUGA